AUGGCCUCUAAGAUUCUGUUUCUGUUUCUCGCAGCAGCUCUACCAACAGCACAGAGCCUGACAUGUUUACAAUGUAAGGGUGUUUGUCAGCCAAGGCAUUGCAACAUCGUGGAUGAAUGCUUCCCAGGAGAGGUAUGCGGUGUAGAAAGGGUGAUAAAUACGCUUGGACAAACAGUGUAUAAUGUUGGAUGCAUACAUCAAUCGAAAUGCAACAACAGUUCUAUGGACCAAAACAAUUCCUCCAGUAACGAGUGUAAGGAAUGCUGUAACACUGACAUCUGUAAUUCUCAAGGCUGUGGUACUCCUGGUUAUCCACAAAACAGAGGUCCAAUUUGUGACUUCUGUCCGUUUCAUACGAAUAUUGAUAUGUGUAAUGAAAUCGCUUUCUGUGAAGUAGGAGAAGUAUGCAAGUAUUCUGUAUUAAAAGAGUUUGGGGAUACUAUUUACACCAGCGAAUGCUCUAACAAACAUGUGUGUCAACACAGCACAAACUACGAAAAUUCCAUAGUAGGUCGAGAUGUAGAAGGAUUCACAUUCGAGAGCUACACGUCAAAGAACAGGCGUACUAUAACGAACCGCCGUUCUUUGACGGAGACUAUUUGCAGUGGAUGUUGUGAUGGUGAUUUAUGCUUUAAAGGAUGCAAUGAAACAAAAACAACCCCCAUCUUCAUUCUUAAAGAUAUUGGCUACUUAACAUCAUUAUCGUCAAGGUUCUAA